AUGACUACAGUAACAAUGCAAGAAUCAGAAGCACCAUGCUUCGCCCAUGAGGCUAUGCUCGCGCCUCCGCCUGCAAACAUCACCCAGAAUAAGAGCCUGAGCCCGAUCCGCAAGAGUCACAGUCCAGGUAGACGGUGGAACGGGGAUGGAAAAGGGAUCCAGGUCGAUAUCGGCGCUCGUCUUCGCGAGUACAUCGACUGCUUGAACAACUGCAAAUGGGAUGUCAUUGGUAACCAUCUCGCCGAUAACAUCCUGCGCAAUGGCCACACUCAAACGCGCGAAGACCACAUUUCCCGUUUGAGGUCUCGAACCGAGGGUCUCGCGGGGUUCAAGAUUAAGAUCGACACGAUGCUGGUCGAUAAGAAAGCGCAGGCCGUCGCCGCGCGAUACAUCAACAGGAUGACUUUGGUGGAGGCCAUGGUUUAUGUUGACCCUGUCGGCAAGUCUUUCGAGUUCGAUGAGCAGUGCUACGUGUGGUUCGAUGAGAAGGGCAAGAUAUCGAGGAUCGUAACCUUGCAGGAUAACGAUGGCAUCCGCGCGCAAAACCCUACGGCAGCGACUACACCAAAGUUUUUGACGCGCAAAAUGCCAGAUGAGCCUGUCGAUCUUCAGGCUCUGUACCGCGCCUACGUUGCGAGCAUUAACAACCGAACCACUGGUAGCGAAUUCCCAAAGCUAUGCAGGAAGGAGGUACGGCACAACAACAGACCUUUUUCCGUGGAAAACUACGGCCGCAUUAUGGAGCAGAGUCACGAAGCGAUUUCGGGUCUCCAUUUCGAGAUCCAGGAGUUGCUGGUUGACGAGGACACUCAGCAGGUUGCGGCGCGGUUGGAAAUUACGGGAACGCCAAUCUCUGAGUUUGCCGGCGUUCGACCGAACGGCAAGAGCGUCAAGUUCCACGAGCAUUGCAUGUACCGCUUUGAUAAAGGCAAGAUUGCAGUAGUAUGGGCUACGAUGGAGCUUGAUUCGUUCAGGCGACAACUGGAGGCUAAGGCCGAUCGAAGGAAAUCAUCCAUGCUGGGAAUCAACUAA